CCUCGCCGCCCCUUCUCCUCGCUUCCACUCCCCCUCCCCUCAGUCGUGGGCUUCCUUCUUGGGUCCAGGGCUUGGGGAGGGGGCGGAGGCCCGGCAAGCCGAGCGGCCCAGAGGCCGGUGGGCCCCGCGCACCUGUUGUUUGCAGGCGCCCGCAACCCUUCGUCCCGCCCUCGGCCGGCGGAGGCUGCAGAGGCGGCGACAGAGGUGGCCCGGAGCAGACCCGGCAGGUGGCCGAGCGCGAGGUCCGCACCACUGCGGUGCGGGGACGCGAUGGCGGCGGCCGAGCCCGCAAGCUCUGGGCAGCCGGCACCGGAGGGCCAAGGGCAGGGCCAGCGGCCGCAGCCGCCGCCGUCCCAGGCGCAGCCCCCACCCCCGCAGCAGCCACUCGGGAGCGGCGGGGGCGGCAGCAGCAGGCACGAGAAGAGCCUGGGGCUGCUUACCACCAAGUUCGUGUCGCUGCUGCAGGAGGCCAAGGACGGCGUCCUGGAUCUCAAAGCGGCUGCAGAUACUUUGGCUGUGAGGCAAAAAAGAAGAAUUUAUGAUAUCACCAAUGUCUUGGAAGGAAUUGACCUAAUUGAAAAAAAGUCAAAAAACAGUAUACAGUGGAAAGGUGUAGGUGCCGGUUGUAACACUAAAGAAGUCAUAGAUAGAUUAAGAUAUCUUAAAGCUGAAAUUGAAGAUCUAGAACUGAAGGAAAGAGAACUUGAUCAGCAGAAGUUGUGGCUACAGCAAAGCAUCAAAAAUGUGAUGGACGACUCCAUUAAUAAUAGAUUUUCCUAUGUAACUCAUGAAGACAUCUGUAAUUGCUUUAACGGUGAUACACUUUUGGCCAUUCAAGCACCUUCUGGUACACAGCUGGAGGUACCUAUUCCAGAAAUGGGUCAGAAUGGACAAAAGAAAUACCAGAUCAACCUAAAGAGUCAUUCAGGACCUAUCCAUGUGCUGCUUAUAAAUAAAGAGUCCAGCUCAUCUAAGCCUGUGGUUUUCCCUGUACCCCCACCUGAUGACCUCACGCAACCUUCUUCUCAGCCGUCGACUCCUGUGACGCCACAGAAAUCCACCACCGCAACUCAGAACCUGCCUGAGCAACAUAUCUCUGAAAGAAGCCAGAAUCUUCAGCAGACACCAGCCACAGAUGUAUCUUCAGCGGGAUCUAUUAGUGGAGAUAUCAUUGAUGAAUUAAUGUCUUCUGAUGUGUUUCCGCUCUUACGGCUUUCUCCGACCCCAGCGGAUGACUACAACUUUAAUUUAGAUGAUAAUGAAGGAGUUUGUGAUCUGUUUGAUGUCCAGAUACUAAAUUAUUAGAUUCCAUGGAAACUUGGGACUGUUAUCUACCUCUAACUGUGUAACAUUUUAGACUUCUUAAUAACCUAAGUAUUUAAAAUAAUGAAUGUAACAACUUUUAGUUCACUGAUUCUGAACUGUUCUUCCCCUAAUACUUUCUUUUAUACUUCACAAAACUUCAUAAAAACAAAGGGCUCUGAUUGCUUCAGGGGAAAAGUGACUUCAUAUCCACUAACCCCCUUCCCUCAAGUAGUUACAUUCUGGAGUUUCAACUUUUCUUCCAGUUCUGAAUCCUUGUUUUCCCCUCAUACCAGAGGAAAGUUAAGGUUAUCAAAAACAAAAAUGUUGCCCAAGGGCUCAUCACAUUUGUCUUAGAGUUUUACUGCCACGAGACUGUCCCUAUUCUGUGUCUCCUCCAAUUCAAACAAACAGACAUUCACUGCCACUUAUAAAGUGAAGGGUGUAAACUAGGAGAUAUUAACUGUUUCAGUGAACAGAUUUUGUGAAGUGCCUUCUGUUUUAGCACUUUAAGUUUAUCACAUUUUGUUGACUUCUGACAUUCCACUUUCCUAGGUUAUAGGAAAGAUCUGCUUAUGUAGUUUGUUUUUAAAAUGUGCCAAUGCCUGUACAUUAACAAGAUUUUUUAAAAUAAAAUUGUAUAAAACAUUUAA